GUGAUUUGCUCAAAUUUUAAAUGAAAUACGUCCGUCUUUUUUCUGGGAAAACGUAUUAUAGUUUACCAUUGUUCUGAAACUUGUCGUAAAAAAGAAGGCUCAUAGAGAUGUCAUUAGUUGGACAGUGAGGCCAGGAUUACUUAUUGUUUUUGGUCUUCUCAUAUUCAUUUCUAGUAUUAAUCAACUGAAUUUAGCGUUAUCUUCGCGCCACUCGUAUUUCGUCUGCUACUGUCCCAUAUAAUGUAAUAGAUCCCCUCCGUGUUCCUCGGAACCCGGUCGAUCCUUUGUAUUCGAUGUACCGCAUAGCGACCUGCUGACGACGACAGAAAGCAGCACCGUGCUAUGUGUACACCUGCAUGCCAAUCAUCUGUUCGAUCGACUACUUGCCGCUGCCCUUCCAGCCUUCCUGUCUAACUGUCUGACUGUCUGUCAAUGAUCGUCGACCAAACCGUUUGCUCGCCAGCUAGCGCAUAUGCGUCACCGACGCUAUGCUUCCUGGUGUCACUUCUGUGACGGUGGCAAUACGAUAAGCGGGUAGCUAAGGAGACCACUUGACCUGUCAUUCGCCGUACGUCUAUCACUGCGUUCACUGCUGCCGAGAGAGCCGUACUCAUGGGAUAGACGAGGCAAACAAAUCCAAACAGGUGAAGAUUUACGUGGAGCGCGUACGCACAACACAAACAAAGUAAUUCAGGUGGGAAAAAAGAGUUGAGCAGGAGCACUCUCGGCAUUACACAGCUUCUGAUGAUGAUAGUCAUAGUGGUAGUGGUAAGCCGGCGGGAGCGCAAGCCAUGAAGCAACCGGAGCCCCGACGAGUCUACGAGUCGUUUUAUCUAUUGUGUUGGUCUUAUUGCCCUGUGACGUGUCAAGAGGAGCGCUAAGGCAUCGUUGUCAACGGUAACUUUCAGUCUGAGGUGAGCACAAGCAAGACAUACAGCAAAGGCUAACUGGAUCCUAUUUCAAGUGACGGUCUAUGCAUAAAUGCUAAUGCUUUCUGGCGUUAGGGAGCAACAACACCAGAAACGACAUGACUCCUCGACUAGGACGUUUUAUCAAAUUGUCAUUGGUCCUCAUAGCUUGUCUUUUCUUCGUUGUGAUCUUUCUGUUUCCUAAUCCGGAAGGGAACCGUGUUCUUCAGCCCGAUGCAUUGGAACUUCAGCAGAAACUUGAACAGCAACAUGCUGAAUUAGUAGUACAUCCUCCGGAGGCGGCUGCUCCAGAUAAUCCUAAUGAGCUACCCGUGUUCAGGGCUGGCGAACUGGGUAACUUCGAAAGACCAGAGCCCAUAAUUAUUGGGCCCGGCGAAGGUGGCAAGCCGUAUGUUAAAACCGGACGCACUUCGGAACAGCAGAAGCUAAAAAGUCAGUAUGGAAUGAAUAUUAUUGUAUCCGAUACGAUUUCGCCGAAUCGAACCGUGCCAGAUUUCCGAUUGGACGAGUGUAAGUAUUGGCACUACCCAGAGCAUAUGCCGAAAGCUUCAGUAAUUAUUGUAUUCCAUAAUGAGGGUUUGUCUGUCCUCAUGCGCACGGUACAUUCCGUAGUGAAUCGAAGCCCCCGACAAUUUUUACAUGAAGUUGUACUGGUCGACGAUUUCAGUGACAAAGCAAACUUGCAGCAGGAACUGGAGGUUUACAUCGAAAAAAACUUCCCACUUGGGCUCGUACGCUUAGUUCGUAAUCCCGAACGAAAAGGCCUUAUCGGUUCACGAAGUCAAGGUGCUGAGGCAGCGAAGGGCGAAGUGAUCGUCUUUCUGGAUGCUCAUUGCGAGGUGGGGCAGAACUGGUUGCCGCCGCUCCUUGCUCCAAUCAAAGCAAACCGUAAAACAAUGACUGUGCCUGUAAUCGACGGCAUCGACCACGAGAACUUCGAAUACCGGCCGGUGUACCACGGGAAACAGCAUUUCCGGGGUAUAUUUGAGUGGGGAAUGCUCUAUAAGGAAAUCGAGAUUCCAGAAGAAGAAAUCAAACGACGAAAAUACCAUUCUGAACCUUACAAAUCACCAACGCAUGCCGGUGGCCUCUUUGCUAUGGACCGUAAAUACUUCCUGGAGCUAGGAGGUUAUGACCCGGGACUACUGGUUUGGGGCGGAGAGAAUUUUGAGCUAUCAUUCAAGAUUUGGCAAUGUGGAGGUCAAAUACUGUGGGUACCGUGCUCUCGAGUCGGACAUGUUUACCGCGGCUUUAUGCCUUACUCGUUUGGCGAUUUGGCUAAGAAACGAAAUGGGCCUUUAAUUACAAUUAAUUACAAGCGCGUUGUUGAGGUGUGGUUCGACGAAUUUAAAGAAUAUUUUUACACUCGUGAGCCUUUGGCUCGAGGCUACGACGCGGGCGACUUGACAGCUCAGCUCGAAAUCAAGAAACGUUUGCAAUGUCGAUCAUUUUCCUGGUUUAUGAAAGAGGUAGCUUACGACGUUCUAAAGCAUUUUCCCUAUUUGCCUCCCAAUAAUAAGUGGGGCCAUAUUAAACCUGUCUUGGAUGAACGCUGUGUGGACUCAAUGCAUGCGCAUCCGCCUAGUAACGCUGGUGUCACAUACUGCCACGGCGGCGGCGGAAACCAGUUGUUUAGACUAAACGAAGAGGGUCAAUUAGCGGUCGGAGAACGAUGUGUUGAUGCAAACGCAAACAAUAUGUUUCUUAUUUACUGUAAAUUAGGCACCGUUGACGGACCGUGGUCGUAUGAUCCUAAUACCAAACAAAUGAAGCACACCAAGGGUUCUGUAACUCGAUGUUUAAGAUUUGAUGGAGAAAACCUAAAGCUGGCUAACUGCGCCAGUACGGACGAGCAGCGUUUCAACUGGGAAGAAAUACAUUAGAUAGUUUACAGCCAAGAAACUAUUGACGACCUACGCUGUGCAAUUAUCAAAACCAGAGCAUUCGAAUUGAUAUGUAUAUAAGCUGAUGAGGAAACACUGAUCUAAUUGGGAUGAUCCAAUGACUUAGCUGUCUUAAAUGAAGAAAUAUGUAUCGACGAUUUAUACCUAAACUGCUCACUCAACAAGUGUAAAUAUAUAUUUAGCGUACUUU